GAGCCUCUUCAUAGCACACCGCCAUGUUCGUGUUCAUUCUAACAGUCCUACUGACAGUGCUGGUAGGGCUUGUCAUAACAGUCCCACUCACUGGCGCACUCGUUCGUUUGAGGGCGAACUAUAAUCCCAAAGGUCUCCAGCUAGAUGACGAAGGAAACGUUGAACCUCAUACAGGUCCUGUGGUUACUUCGUUCUUUGGAAUGCUUGCUAGGGUGAAGCGCAUUGAGCGUUGGCCAGGCUUGUUCAAGGGACUUAUGCCCACCCUCAUUGAGACGAUGGUUCUCACUUUCUUUGCUGUCGUUGCUUUGAGUGAUGACAUCCGAUACCGUCGUAGCAAAACGAAUCCGCCGGCCUCUGGAGUGGUUGAACUCCUGUUCUACUGUGUAUUCCUGAUUAUUGUCUCACUUCCCGCCACGAUCAUCACCUAUCGUUCUAUCACUACGCCCUACAAGCUACCCUGGUUGAGCCCUCUUUAUUCGUUGCGUGUGCUCCUAACGCCCACUGAGCGCCGUCGACCAUGGGUACUUUAUCUGACGCCAGGCCUCUUCCUUGCGCAGUUACACCAUGCCAUCUUCACCAUCUUGAUCCUUGGUAGCCUUCGUAAUUGGCUCAUUCCGAAGAACCCGGACUUGAAAGUCGGAUACGAGAUCAAUUCUGUCAAGUUUGCCGUCUACCUUAUCAUUGCGUCAUUGAGCACGGCCAUUCUUUGUCCGCUGGAAGUCGUCAUUACAAAGUUGGCUAUCCAGCGUAACCAUGCCGCUGCCGAAUAUAAUUCUGUCGAACAAGAAGUUGAAGGUGAUGACGUGUCUCCUGAAGAAUACGUCGAAUAUUCUGGCUCUGAAGAAGAUGUCAUCGGACUGCGACAUGAGAAAGACCCUUACCUCGGCCUAAUUGAUUGCACGAAGAAGGUUGCGCAGGAAGAGGGCUGGACCGCUCUCUACCGGGCCUGGUGGUUCACCUGGCUGGCGGGUAUCAGCGGCGCCUUUGCUUGAAUGGAUGGAUCGUGUAUGGACUUAGCGGAAAAGUUCUGUCGCACCACCAGAGUCUGUUGUCAUAGUUUUCCCCAGUAUGUAGUCUAGAUCUCAUGUUGUAACCUCAGGCAUUCCGAAUCGAUUCUUUGACAUCGGAAGUUCGUUACGGUUCGUGCUUUGAAGCCCGAAAAGACUGCUUCCCUUGCUGAACGCAGAAUCGUGAACAUACCGGUCAUAUCAACUCUAUCUGCGGACGCUCCUGUGUAAGUUUACGCGCUGAAUAACUUAAGUUACCUCAUAUGGAAGGAUGUGUGGUUCGGCAGUAGGGUGGAAUGAGUGCUAACACUUGACCGUCGCAAGUUGGUACCCCGCAUAUCUGUGGUGUGGUUCACCCUUAAAGCGCUUUCCAUGUAUUUUGGCUCAUUGAAUCCGUUGCUGUAGACCUUGGCACUUUGAGCAAGAAAGGCAAUUCAUAAUGCAGAGGCAUUGUGGCGUAUGCCAAGGCGUUGUGCCUUCAUUGUGCUCAUGAGAACGGGCCUGGGAUCCCGUCGACGGUUAAAUCAGUGGGAUCUCAUGUCGACCCAAGACCUCGGGUACCGACUGGGUGGCAUCGGAUUUCUACUAAGCAAUCCGUUGUCGCUUUC